AUGCUCGAUUUGAAAUUAUUCUGCAAAAAAUUACCUAAAUGUGAAUUCAAUAUACGUUGGGAAGCUUGCAUUAAAAAGUCAAUGCUGAGUAUGCUAGAAGAACACCGGCGAAAAUCAGGUGGGCCUGAAUUAACAGCCGAGCAACGUAAGCUACUUUGGGCAUAUGGCGAGCCAAGAGAUAUGAAGGAGGCAUUACGAUCAAUGUCGGUGGUACGCGAACUGAUUUUAUUGCAAGAAGAUGUAUUUACGAUAACGAGUGAUAUUGUGGAUCGUUAUCAUUCUGAUAAUGUUUUUUAUUUGGAAUUUCGCGUGAAGCCAUGUGUCAGCAAUGAAUUAUCGCCAGAAACAUUUCUGCGAAAAAUGAUCCAAGCGAUCGUAGUCGCAAGAGAUACACGUCGCCAAAUGACUAUUAAAAUCCUAAUAAUUGUCGAACUAGAAAAUCCCAUUGAAGUAAUUAACGAAAUCAUUGAUUUAGUUAUGAUACUUGGAAGGACUUAUAGAUCUCGAAAUUUACCUGACAGUGAUAUCAUACAUGGUUUGGAGAUAGCUUUUAGUGAUUCAAAUAAAAUUAGCAUGGAUCAAUUGCAGAAAAUAAUUGAUCAUAUUCGACGAGAAUCGCAAUUAAUUAUUGUUUUUAAUCUAGCUAAGAUUAAUAACAAUGUCGAUCAAUUAUAUGAUAUCUUACUAUGUCGCCCUGAUCGAUUAAGUAAUGCAGAAAUUUUAAGUACUUUUAACAAAAAUGAAAAUAAAAUUGAUCAACAUAUAUUAACUGAUCGUUUAAUAUCAACAAAAUUACCUAUAGAAUUCUGUUACACAGCUAAUCGCCUCUCUUAUCCCAAUAGUAAGGAACCACUUUGGCGGAAUCAUUUUUAUUAUCUCUAUUCAAUGGAAUAUCCUAUAAUUCCUACUACAGGCUAUUCUGCAUUAUUGGGUUGUAGUUUAUCAGAUGAAUAUUAUCACUUAGCUGUAAAUAUGAAUUUAAAACCAAGCGAUCUAUACAAACUAUCAUUAACUGCGUCGUUUCUCACGGAAGAGACACCACGUCUUAGUAGCCGUGAUUUAUUCCCAUUUAUGCAGCAAUAUGAUGAAUUUGCAAAACAAUACGCUUUGGAAACUUCCAUUGAUUGGAAAUUUCAAAUCCUUCGUAACUGUCACUUCUUUCUAAGUCGUCCUUUAACUGCCAGACGUAAGCAUCGUCGACGUCGCAUCAUUGAUCUUCUCUAUUCUUGA